AGGGCGACACGCACAAGGCUCUUCGCUCCUGAAUGCCGCUGAGCAGGCUCGCUUGCGCUCGUUUCAACGCCAAGUGUCAAAGAAGACACGUGUUCUUUGAAAAACUUCCAAAUUAGCGACAGCGUGACAUCCGGAGCGAGAGAGGAUCGUGUGCCGCCCGCGGAUUUACUGCGUCUUGUUCGAGCCGGCUGAGAUGAGCGGUCCCGAGGUGGCCAAGUCACCGGGAGGAGGCGCUCCGGGGAAGGAGGGCAAGGAGCCGGUGGCUAACGGGCACGCGGGCGACAACAACGACGCCAACCCCUUCGCCGAGUACAUGUGGAUGGAGAACGAGGAGGAGUACAACAGACAGGUGGAAGAGGAGCUGCUGGAGCAAGAGUUCCUGGACCGUUGCUUCCAGGAGAUGCUGGAGGAAGAGGACCAGCACUGGUUCAUCCCGUCGCGCGAUCUCAACAACCAGGGGGUGGAGCAACUGCAGCAGCAGCUCAACGGCCUUUCUGUCGGUGUCAACGUACACCACAACAAUGUGGAGGAAGUGGCGAGGAAGAGCAUUUUGAAUCCUGAAGCAAAGGAGUUCAUCCCCGGAAAGAAAUACUAGGAGUCCCCCUCACCCCCAUGGCGCCGACACGCACACACACGCACGCACGCACACACCUACACACAGCAGUCCUCACAUAUUCUCAGAGACUCUGGCGGCCAUGAGUGAGCACACUGAUUCUCAUACACACACUUGAAGUACCACUGUGUGGGUAGGCCCAGUCGGGGGGUGGGGGGAUGACUUUUUCAGUUUUUGUUCCCUUUCUUUUUAUUUCUUGUUCGUUUCUUGUAAACCGAGGGACACUUUGGAUCGGGGCGGGGGGUGUUAACAAGUCCAGCCCCUACAGUGGGCGCCAGUGCAUCGCUGCACUUCUGAAUACUCAUCUAGGCUUCGCAGAGCAAGCGGACUCUCACUGACGUCCCCUGGAAAUGAGGCAGCUACCGUGGAGUGAUGCCAGACUCAACAACUUCAAUGACCCCCCCCCCCCACCCGAAAAAAAAAGUGUGUCAUGUACAUUUUGCAUUUCAUCAAAUUGGGGAUAAAAGCCACGAGAUUGAAGGUUUCCAGACCAGCGAGGUGACUUUGACUUGUACUUUUCAGGGGACUCGGUGGGCGUCUCGCCGCUCUGUGCGGCUACGGCAGGCCGAUCCGUUCACGCCUGCGACCUUUGCGACUUUGCCGGAUGCGACUCGUACGCAAAGGCCGUCCUUCCGACCCAAAUACGUGAUGAUGUGGAAAUCGUUUUCAUUCCUGGCGAGUGAGAGUAUUUGGUGUGGAACGCCGGUAUCUCUUAUUUGUUCGACAUCCCGACAAGUGUCCAGUCUCACAUCAGGUUUUGAAAUAGCCUCUCCUCCAGUUUGCCGUUUGUCCUUCUCAUCCUGUUUUGAGUCUACCGGGUAACCUGGGGUGUCGGGAGGAGAUGCGUAGGAGCAUAUUGUGACCGUCGUCAUCCGCCUGGUUUCGAAGCGGUGGACUGUUUGGCCUCUUGCAUGGUCUCGGUUAUCUUUUCGAAUGAGGAAGUUCUUCUCUUGAGCCGGUUAUGUCACGAGUCAUAGGGAAAAAAAAAAAGUCCAAUCGGGUUCACUUCUCAAUCUGUUUCAAUGUUUUUUUUCUGCGUAAUAAAUGUGACCGUUAAUGAGUAGGAACAUUUCACUUCAAUAGCGUCGAGUUCAGUUUAUUUGAACACUGCAGCUGAUCGUGCCGUUCUGGUCAAAGCAGAACUCGCCGUGUGGUGCGCCAUCCCCGGUGACACGGAUAGGAAUGUUUGCCAGGUGGAUAGUGCAACACAAAAUCAUCGUUUUGGUUUUUUUUUGGAGUUAGUUGACAGAAGCCGCAAAAGUAAAGAGGUCCAAAGAGACAGAGUAUUAAUUCCAAUAAAAAUAAAGAUGUUAAAGACAAA